AUCUGUUCCAGGCACUCACCUCCGCCCACCUGAAAGAAUUUAUAAUAAUUCGAUGGAGCUUUCAGAAUCAGGUCAGAAGCUGCGGAUCAGAGUGUCAACUCACGCGGCGCUUCAGGUGGAUUGUGCAUCUGGCUUGCCUUGUGCAGCUCAGCUUAGCUCAACGAAAUCCCACUUAGUGUCUUGUCAUAGCUUGUUCACCUCAACUAGUGCUUGCGAUUUGUGUCUAACUGAGUUCUGUGAGCAUUCGAGCUCGUUCACUGUGAUAGUUUUCAGUGUUGCUGAACGCUGAGUAUUGUUGCACCCUUUUGUUUCUUCGAGACGAUUUAGAGUUACAAUGGCCGUGUCUGCUCGCCGAAAUGGUAUCUGGGCUGCUGCUGCAGCAAUUUGUAUGGUGGCUCUCUUUGUUCAAGCCGGCGCUCAGGGUGUGAUAAUGAAUGCCCCGGAAUCGUCUGUGGGUGGCGUGUAUGCUCCUCAAUGGGCUCCCGUGGCUUCCCCCGAGUAUGCACCCGAAAUGUCUCCUCCAGGGUCUCCCGAGUACGCUCCUGCUAUGGCUCCCAUGACUCCUUCUGAAGGUCCUUCCAAUGCCGCUCCCGAAGUGCCACCUGCUGCUCCCGCUCCCGAGACGAGCCCCAUGGGAUCCCCAUCCAUGUCUCCUGGCCCUUCCGUGGAUUCGCCUGCUCCUGGUCCUAACCCAAUGGAGUCUGGUGCAAGCAACACUGUCCCAAGCUUUGCAGCCCUCUUCGUCGGACUCGCCGCAUACCUCUUGUACUGAUCUGCGACUCAACUGAUCUCCUGACGAGAUUGUAGCAUAUAAAUUAUUGUAGGGUUUGCACCGCCUUUCGGAAGAGUUUCAAUGUUGAGUGACAUCGAUAUGUGCUAGGGUGUAUACAGGAACCAUUCUUUAUCAUUCUUUUGUGUGUCUUAUCGACACACAACCGCGGUGGUCAAAUUGAUCAUCUAAUAACAAUCAUCACAUUGAUCUUGAAUUUUAAA